GGGGGCAGGGCAGCGUGGGGACCGGCGGCGGGGUGCUCCGGGAGGCGGGGAGGCAGCGGCGACCCGGAACUGCGGGGCGGCGGGGCGGGGAGCUGUGCCGAAGGGUGCCGGUGCCUCUGCGGGAGCCAUGCCGCCGCCCAAGGACGUGGUGAAGAUCGCCAUCCAGAUGGUGGGAGCCAUCCCGCAGCUCAUCGACCUCCAGCAGACCAAGCCCCUCGCCUCCGUGCUCAAGGACGUCUGCGAUGCGUGGAGCCUGCCCAAUGCCGAGCACUAUGCCCUGCAGUAUGCGGACGGACGGCAGACCUACAUCACUGAGUCGAACCGCGGGGAGAUUAAGAAUGGGAGCAUUUUACGGCUGACCACCUCCCCGGAUCAAGAAGCAGAGAGGUUGUAUAGUGGGAUCCAGAGCAACAACUCGGAUGUGAAGACUGACUCGCUGAAGAAGCUUGCGAGCCUCUCCCAGGACGUUACCUUUGCUCAGGAAUUCAUCAACAGGAACGGCUUAAAAAAAAUCUUCUGUAUUGUGGAAGAAGGGAAUGAUACGGGGGAGAUGCUAGCUCACACCCUGAAGGCCUUCAUGGAGCUGAUGGAGCAUGAUUUUGUUUCCUGGGAGACUCUUAGUGCAGCCUUCAUCAAGAAGAUAGUGAGUUACGUCAAUAUGAACGCGGUGGAUGCAUCUGUCCAGCAGCUCUCCUUGUCUAUCUUGGAGAACAUGGUACCCACCAGUCGCGUCCUCUUUGAGCUAGUCAAAAAAGAAGUGACACUGGAUCGUCUCCUCACCCACCUGCAGGUGACAAACGCCCAGCUGCAGCUGAAGGCCAUGGCCCUGCUCAUCGCGCUGCUGCUGUCUGCGACCGAUGCUGAGCGGCAGGAGAUGAUGGACUACCUGAGGGAGAAGAACAUCAGGCAGUUUAUCCACAAGAACAUCAUCCACAGCUCUGAGCCGCUGGCGGACGAGAUGGCCCAUUACCUGUACGUGCUGCAGUCUGUCAGCCUCAACCUGCAUGAACGUCGCAUGAGGACCUCCAUGGAUCCCUACUCACAGGUCUGCGAGCGCUCUCCUUGCGAGUCUGGCCCUGCUGUCUUCCACCCGUGGCAGCAGACGCGAGUGAAGGAACAGCGGGAGCUCCUCCAGUCUCUGCGCCAAACCGCCUUUGAGUCAGAGAGCGAGGCCCCCACCAGCAACUUCAGCACCGAGCGGAGGCGAUCCCUGUGUGCCAAGGAGUUCCGCAAGCUGGGCUUCGUGAACAACAGCAACCCAGCAGAGGACCUCCGCCGUGCCCCACCAGGACUCCUUGCCCUCGACAACAUGGUGUAUUUCUCCAGGCACACCCCCAACGCCUAUAGCAGGUUUGUCCUCGAGAACAGCAGCCGGGAAGACAAACACGAAUGUCCCUUCGCUCGAAGCAGCAUCCAGCUCACCCUGAUCCUCUGCGAGAUCCUGCACGUUGGAGAGCCGUGCUCGGAGACGGCUCAGGCCUUUUACCCUAUGUUCUUCGGGCAGGAUCAUUUCUUUGAAGAGCUCUUCUGCAUCUGCAUCCAGCUGGUGAACAAGACCUGGAAGGAGAUGCGUGCUACCCAGGAGGACUUUGACAAGGUGCUGCAGGUGGUGCGGGAGCAGAUCACUAGGACCCUGUCCCUCAAGCCCACCUCCCUGGAGCUCUUCAAGACCAGAGUGAACGCGCUGAACUACAGUGAGAUCCUGAAGCUGCGGCAGACGGAGCGGCUGCACCAGGAGGAGACGCUGGCUGUGCCCGUGCUGGAGUUACGCGAGAGGCUGAAGCCGGAGCUCCUGGAGCUGAUCCGACAGCAGCGCCUGCUGCACCUCUGUGAGGGCACCCUCUUCCGCAAGAUCAGCAGCCGCCGCAGGCAGGACAAGCUCUGGUACUGCCGCCUGUCACCCAACCACAAGGUGCUGCACUAUGGGGACGUGGAGGAGGGGGUGAACUCUCCCCCCAUCGAGAGCCUGCCAGAGAAAAUUCCUGUGGUGGACAUGAAGAUGCUGCUCGUGGGGAAGGAGUGUCCACACACGAAGGAGAAAAGCUCCGGGAAGCAGAACAAGGACGUCCUGGAGCUGGCCUUCUCCAUCGUGUACGACAUGGAGGAAUACUGCCUCAACUUCAUUGCCCCCACCCGGUACGAGUUCUGCCUCUGGACGGACGGGCUGAACGUGCUCCUGGGCAAGGAGAUGACGAGCGAGCGAACGCAGACGGACCUUGACGUCCUGCUGUCUAUGGAGCUCAAGCUGCGUCUCCUGGACCUGGAGAACAUCAGCAUCCCCGACACCCCCCCUCCCAUCCCAAAGCCCCCCAGCAACUUAAACUUCUGCUACGACUUCAGCCAUGCAGAGCAGUGAGUUCCUCCCUGUGUCCCGUCCCCCCUCUACGAUCCCCAAAACUAAACCCCUUCCUCCAGGCUCUGUCCCUCAUCUCUGGCCCAAAGGGACAAGCCCAGGCCCUGGAGAGGGGCUUGGGCAUUUGCUACCUGCACCUUGCCCAUCCCAGGGCCAACUGCCCACCCUUCCCUGCCUCUGUCCUGCUCUCCUGCGAGAGCACGGGGCUGAGUCACCGAGAGUCAGGCUCCUGUUUGAGGGGGGGUGACACGGCUGCUUUGCCCCCCUGCUGCGGGCAGGCAAGAUGAAAUACUUUCCAGACAACUGAACCCCUCUGUGGUAGUGUUGCCCCCGCUGACACCCCAGACAGGCUUUGGGCAGAGAGGGUGAGGAUGUGGGCAGGACUAAAGGUACAGGCAGCCCUGGGACAGCUGGAGGGGGGGCAGCACUACAAAGGUACGAAUCUGCUCUGCCUGACUGUCCCUAUCAGCGCAGGGGCUCCCUUCUGGGCAAGAAAAGGGUUAAAAAAAGGAUAAAACACCCUUUCUGCUCAGUUUGGUGAGCAGACAGCAUCUCCAGAGCACAGUGUGCCUGCCCAGCCAGGCCUGUGCCACACUGAAAUGUUUUCCUGCUGAGCCCUUUGCACUCCUACCCCUGGAAGGGGGGUGUUUAGGGUAUAAGGUCCCCCUCCCAGCAUCAUUUCAGCUGGGCAGGGGCUCACUGCCACUGUGUCUGGUGGGAGGAGGAGACCCCCGUCUGCCCUUACUGCCUGGCGCUGCGGCGCUUGUGCCAACCUUGGUGCCUUCUCCCGCCCUGGGCGGGUACUUGCACACUUCAGCGAUGCUGCUGCACUACUGUACCAUGACAAGCUACCUCCUCCCCGGCCCCCACAGCUCCCACCCCAGGAUCCUGUACCUCCUCGUGCCUACAUCUUCUCCAGCGGGUGUAUCCUGUGACUGCAGCCACAGGUUGCCGGGGCUCCUGCCGUGCCUCUGCCUCCCAUGUAUUGGGACAAUAAACACUUGUGAAAGAAC